AUGUGUACUGAAUACUGUAUUCGGUUUGAUGAUCAUAGCUACUCCAACCAUCACACUGAAUCCUUCAUACCUCCCUACUCCAACCCUCACAAUGAAUCCUUCAUACCUCCCUACUCCAACCAUCACACCGAAUCCUUCAUACCUCCCUACUCCAACCAUCACACCGAAUCCUUCAUACCUCCCUACUCCAACCAUCACACCGAAUCCUUCAUACCUCCCUACUCCAACCAUCACACCGAAUCCGUCAUUCCUCCCUACUCCAACCAUCACACCGAAUCCUUCAUACCUCCCUACUCCAACCCUCACACCGAAUCCUUCAUACCUCCCUACUCCAACCACCACACCGAAUCCUUCAUACAUCCCUACUCCAACCAUCACACCGAAUCCUUCAUACCUCCCUACUCCAACCAUCACACCGAAUCCUUCAUACCUCCCUACUCCAACCCUCACACCGAAUCCUUCAUACCUGCCUACUCCAACCAUCACACCGAAUCCUUCAUACCUCCCAACUCCAACCCUCACACCGAAUCCUUCAUACCUCCCUACUCCAACCCUCACACCGAAUCCUUCAUACCUCCCUACACCAACCCUCACAAUGAAUCCUUCAUACCUCCCUACUCCACACCGAAUCCUUCAUACCUCCCUACUCCAACCAUCACACCGAAUCCUUCAUACCUCCCUACUCCAACCAUCACACCGAAUCCUUCAUACCUCCCUAAUCCAACCAUCACACCGAAUCCUUCAUACCUCCCUACUCCAACCAUCACACCGAAUCCUUCAUACCUCCCUACUCCAACCCUCACAAUGAAUCCUUCAUACCUCCCAACUCCAACCAUCACACCGAAUCCUUCAUACCUCCCUACUCCACACCGAAUCUUUCAUACCUCCCUACUCCAACCAUCACACCGAAUCCUUCAUACCUCCCUACUCCACACCGAAUCCUUCAUACCUCCCUACUCCAAUCAUCACACCGAAUCCUUCAUACCUCCCUAUUCCAACCAUCACACCGAAUCCUUCAUACCUCCCUACUCCAACCCUCACAAUGAAUCCUUCAUACCUCCCUACUCUAACCAUCACACCGAAUCCUUCAUACCUCCCUACUCCAACCAUCACACCGAAUCCUUCAUACCUCCCUACUCCAACCCUCACAAUGAAUCCUUCAUACCUCCCUACUCCACACCGAAUCCUUCAUACCUCCCUACUCCAACCAUCACACCGAAUCCUUCAUACCUCCCUUCUCCAACCAUCACACCGAAUCCUUCAUACCUCCCUUCUCCAACCAUCACACCGAAUCCUUCAUACGUCCCUAAUCCAACCAUCACACCGAAUCCUUCAUACCUCCCUACUCCAACCAUCACACCGAAUCCUUUAUACCUCCCUACUCCAACCCUCACAAUGAAUCCUUCAUACCUCCCUACUCCAACCAUCACACCGAAUCCUUCAUACCUCCCUACUCCAACCCUCACAAUGAAUCCUUCAUACCUCCCUACUCCAACCAUCACACCGAAUGCUUCAUACCUCCCUACACCACACAGAAUCCUUCAUACCUCCCUAAUCCAACCAUCACACCGAAUCCUUCAUACCUCCCUACUCCAACCAUCACACCGAAUCCUUCAUACCUCCCUAAUCCAACCAUCACACCGAAUCCUUCAUACCUCCCUAAUCCAACCAUCACACCGAAUCCUUCAUACCUCCCUACUCCAACCAUCACACCGAAUCCUUCAUACCUCCCUACUCCAACCCUCACACCGAAUCCUUCGUACCUCCCUACUCCAACCCUCACAAUGA